AUGCUUACCUAUAUCAGGUGUCGCAGUGGUUUUCCAUUUUAUCGUUUCUGGCGAGCUGACAACUGCCAGCAGAAGGACUGCCUCAGUGAAACUACUUGUAAAUUACAAUGCUUGUCGAAAGGCCUGGACGUGGCCGCUCUGGUGUACGAUCAAGUUGGUGGUGUUCGCGGUGAGGUUCCGAAGGAGUGCAGAUGUGGAGGAUCGCAAAUGUUGGCUAUAUGGAAGAAUUGGCAUCAACUUGCUGAUCAUUCCGUGGAGUUUGAUACUAUACAGUAUUUGUUACCUCCAGAGAAGCUAGAAGAAGGUUCAUGGGAAGAAGGAUGCCAAAUUGAGGCUUGGAAAUUCGAGGAUGAAAGCCCCGAGGACGGCACGCCGCCGUUGUCACUUAUGGACGUUAAUGCUGAGGAUGUGGCGUAUCAAUUGGCAAUUAUUAUCGGUGCUGAUGGCGUUGGAGAGAUAGAAGAUACUACUCCUGAUGAUGAUGAUCCGUGA